CGCUGCUCGGCCACCUCCGCUGGGGUCCUAGGAGCGGCGGCGGCCGGGGCCAAGAUGGCGGCGCCCUGGUGGCGCGCCGUGCUGUAUGGAUGUGGGAGAUGGCGGGGCUUCAGCAGCUCGGCCGCUUUGAGCCGCCGGACCGCGCCGCUGGGGCCGAUGCCCAACGAGGACGUGGACGUGAGCAACCUGGAGCGGCUGGAGAAGUACCGGAGCUUCGACCGCUAUCGGCGCCGGGCGGAUCAGGAGGCGCGGGCCCCGCACUGGUGGCGAACCUACCGGGAGUAUUUCCAGGAGGAGACAGAUCCCAAAGGCAAGACUGACAUCGGGCUGCCUCCACCCAAGGUCUGCCACGCCCAACGGCUUCUAGAAAGAAAACGGGUCCUGCAGGAGCUACGGGCCAGCGUGGAAGAGGAGAGGGCUGCCCGCCUGCGCACAGCCACCAUCCCACUGGAAGCUGUGCGGGCCGAGUGGGAGAGGACCAGCGGCCCCUACCACAAGCAGCGUCUGGCCGAGUACUACGGCCUCUACCGAGAUCUGUUCCAUGGGGCCACCUUCGUGCCCCGUGUCCCCCUGAGCGUGGCCUAUGCUGUGGGUGAGGAGGACCUGGUGCCCGUGUACCACGGCAAUGAGGUGACCCCAACUGAGGCCGCCCGAGCCCCAGAGGUGACCUUUGAGGCAGACAAGGGCACCAUGUGGACGCUGCUGCUCACCAAUUUGGAUGGACACCUGCUGGAGCCGGACGCCGAGUACGUCCACUGGCUGGUAACCAACAUCCCGGGCACCCAGGUGACUGAAGGCCAGGAGACGUGUCCCUACCUGCCCCCCUUCCCUGCCCGUGGCUCCGGCUUCCACCGCUUCGUCUCCCUUCUCUUCAAGCAGGACAACCCGAUAGACUUCUCAGAAGACGCCCGCCCGCCACCCUGCUACCGGCUGGCCCAGCGGACCUUCCGCACUUUUGAUUUCUACAAAAAGCACCAGGAAGUCAUGACUCCGGCUGGCCUGGCCUUCUUCCAGUGUCGCUGGGAUGACUCGGUCACCCACAUCUUCCACCAGCUCCUGGACAUGCCAGAGCCCGUGUUUGAGUUUGUGCGGCCACCCCCUUACCAUCCCAGGCAGAAGCGCUUCCCCCACCGGCAGCCUCUGCGCUACCUGGACCGGUACAGAGACAGUCACGAGCCCACCUACGGCAUCUACUGAGGGCUCAGAGCACCCGCCUCGGGGACAGAGAUGCACAGCAGAGCGCAGGCUGUGGGGCUCUGGGCGCUGCUCGAGACAGCCCUCCUGCUAGCCCUCCCGUCAGGCCAGGGCUCUAGCAGGGGACUUGGUGGCGGUGGCUGCACAAAGUGAAUAAAGAUGACUUUAGCUGUG